AUGUCUUGCAAAUGGAAUACUGCAAUUCAAUCUGAUCUUGUCUGUCUAUCUAUCUGUCUAUUGCAGUCAGUUCACAUCUAUCUAUCUAUUUAUAUCUAUUUAUCUCUCUGUUCAUGUCUCUCUAUCCAUAUUUAUUUAUCUAUCAGAUCAUAUCUCUAUAUCUAUAUCGGACUGUUUAUUUCUUUCUGUUUAACUCUGUUCAUAUCUAUCUAUCUAUCUAUCUCAUUCUGUUCAUCUCUCUCUCUCUCUCUCUCUCAUUCUGUUCAUCUCUCUCUCUCUCAUUCUUGUUCUCUCCACUUUCCCCCUAUUGUAAGUGUUCUCUCCACUUUCCCCACCUCCUGUAAGUGUUCUCUCCACUUUUCCCCACCUCCUGUAAGUGUUCUCUCCCCUUUUCUCUUCCCACCUCCUGUAAGUGUUCUCCUCUUUCCCCCACCUCUUGUAAAGUGUUCUCUCACUUUCCCCCCACCUCUUGUAAGUGUUCUCUCCACUUUUCCCCCACCUCUUGUAAGUGUUCUCUCCACUUUUUCCCCCACCUCUUUGUUCUCUCCACUUUUCCCCCACCUCUUUAAGUGUUCUCUCCACUUUUCCCCACCUCUUGUAAGUGUUCUCUCCACUUUUCCCCCCACCUCCUGUAAGUGUUCUCUCCACUUUCCCCCCACCUCUUGUAAGUGUUCUCUCCACUUUUCCCCCACCUCUUGUAAGUGUUCUCUCCACUUUUCCCCCACCUCUUGUAAGUGUUCUCUCCACUUUUCCCCCACCUCUUGUUUUUCUUUCUUUCUUGGUUGUUGGUUGGUCUGUUUUCUUUAUUUCAUUCUCGGAAAAAGAAAAAAUAAAGAAAACAAACUUUUUCUUUCCCAGUUGUUUACCCAUCUAUCUAUCUUUCUAUCUCAUUCUGUUUCUAUCUAUCUAAUUCUGUUCGUAUUUAUCUAUCUAUCUAUCUAA